AUGGUCGUUGCCACCAUGCCAUGGCUUACCGGUUCCCUCAAAGGCGCCUCUAAUCACACUCUUCAUUUCUUCUUCCAAGACAAGACCCCUCCUCCCACUCUCCGGAUCCUCGCCUUCGACACUGCUAAAACCAUGGCGGCCCUCAUUUCUCUGUAUCGAUCUCUUACCGAUAAAGAGAUUUCUAAGCUUCGGAAUGACGUCAUCCCCUCAAAGGGUGUUGUAUAUUUGAAUUCCAUAGAUGAGGAGUUUCUUCUCAAUCUCGCUUGCUCCGAACGUCUCGAGGAAUUGAACAAUGCCGCCUCCUCUGUUUCUCGUCUCAGCCGGAAAUGCGCCGAUUUGGGUCUCACCCGGUUUGAUCUUGUGUUUUCCGAUAUGAAACUUGGAAUCUUUAAUUGGGGGAAAUCGGAUUCGGGGUUCAAGAAUGUUGCGAAGCUUAUUGGGAAAAUGGAGAAAUUGGUGUUUGCCACGGCGGAGCUUCACUCUGCUAUGGAAGUUCUCGUCGAAAUGGAGGCGUCGGAGAAGAGGAUGCAGAAACGGAAAGAGAUAACCCCGAAACAGGGCGUUCCGUUGAAAUUCGAUAUGUUUGAUAAAAAACUCGCUUCGCAGAGAAAAGACGUAAAGCAUUUCAAGGAAAUUUCGUUGUGGAAUCAGAGUUUUGAUUACGCCGUUGGAUUAAUGACACGAUUAGUUUGCGUAAUCUAUGCUAGAAUUUUCGCCGUCUUCCGCCCAUUCGUUUCCGACCAGGUUUGUUCUUUGGAUCAAAACCCACAAAUUCAAAACCUCAGUAACAGAGUAUGGAGGUGGAAUUUCCAUGGCGAACACCAGAAAGUGGGCGGCGACGACGAACACAAACUCGUAACACAAUCCGGCCCAAUUCCUAAAAAUGGGAAAAAGGAAUUGAUUCGAUUUCCAAGUGGGAUUAGAGAAAAAAACAACCCCAGAAUUGAGUAUGGGGAAUUCGAUUCAUCGAUGGCGACGAAUAACAGAGUAUACACUUCAGCUCCGCCGACGACGGUGGGGGGAUCUGGGCUGUCGUUGAACUACGCAAACGUGAUAUUAUUUGCUGAGCGCUGCCUGAACGAGGCGACGACGAUCGGGGACGACGCACGUGGGGAGUUGUAUCAGAUGUUGCCGGCGAGAAUAAAGGAGAAGGUGAGGGCGAAGUUGAGAAGAAACAAUUGGGGGAAGAGAGGAGGAGGGAAAGAGGAAAUGAGGAGCGCCGACGACGGGCACUCGCUGGCAGUGGGGUGGAGGGAGGCGAUGGAGGAGAUGAUGGGGUGGUUGGGGCCGUUGGCUCACGACACAGUGCGGUGGCAGUCGGAGAGGAACAUGGAAAAACAGAGGUUCGACACCGGUUCGACGGUGCUGCUGAUGCAGACGCUGCAUUAUUCCGAUUUGGAGAAGACGGAGGCCGCCAUUGUUGAAGUUUUAGUGGGGUUGUGUUGUAUAUAUAGGUAUGAGAAUCGACGGCCACAGGGAUCAUAG